ACAGCAGGGGAAGUGGACGUGGCCAUGAAUUGAGCUGGAAUUUGAACCUAUGUUCAGCUCUCAAGCCUCUCGCCCAGCCCCCAUUCGACCUUAAUCCUAGAGGUUUGCUAUGGCUCUGAGGCCGAGAGAGUGGGACUCGCCUGGGGCUGCUUCCGGGGCAUGCCAGGGCCUGGUGAAACACACUGGGGGGUGCCACUGCGGAGCUGUCCGCUUUGAGGUCUGGGCCUCGGACACCAUCCAUGUCUUUGACUGCAACUGUAGUAUCUGCGUCAAGAAGCAAAACAAGCAUUUCAUUGUUCCUGCCUCACACUUCAAGCUGCUGAAGGGUGCUAACAACCUCACCGCCUACACCUUCAACACACACCGGGCCCAGCACACCUUCUGCAAGACCUGCGGCGUCCAGAGCUUCUACACACCUCGCUCCAAUCCCGACGGCUAUGGUGUCGCUCCACACUGCCUGGACGAGGGCACCGUGAGCAACGUCACCGUCGAGGCCAUCAAUGGCAAAGAAUGGGAGAAGGCCGUCGGUGCUCACCCCACCAUCAAGAGCAUGUCCAAACCGUGAUGCCUCCGAAUCGGGCACCGAGGCUCCUCUCCCCCUGGAAAGCCCUUUCCCUUCCAAAUAAAAGGUGGUAUUUUGUAAGAAA